CCUUAAAACGUGCAGUGCGGAUGUCUAAAAUUUUAUUUUGGAUCGAACAUUUAACAGUUUUGUAUCGGAAUAUCACGCUGCGAGUGCAGUGAAGCUACCUUCGAGUUUCGAAUGAGUGCGCGCUACUUCUACCUGCAGAUUGACGUGAUUGGAGAUAAGAUUGAGCCUCUUGAGGUGCGGCAGACUAUACAGGCGGCCUGCGGGGAAGUGUUUGGAGAGUGCGGCUCUGUGCUGCCUCUGGACGUGCUGACUGUGCAGCAGUCGCACACAGGUCCGUCAUGUCGGUGUCCCGCAUCGAGAGCGGCCCCGGCGGCAAGGACGUGGUGCUGAUCGCGUCGCCGGCGGCGCUGGCCGAGCCCUCGCGCGUGUCGCUGCCCGCGCCCGCGCCCGCCGCCGGCCUCGUGCUGCCCGACGGCUCCAUCAACUGGGGCUGCCCCUGCCUCGGCGGCAUGGCCACCGGGCCCUGCGCGCGGCCCUUCAGGGACGCCUUCUCCUGCUUCCACUACAGCGAGGCGGAGCCGAAGGGCAGCGACUGCUACGAGAAGUUCAGCGAGAUGCAAGCGUGCAUGGCCGGCUACCCCGAGCUGUACGCGCGCGACGACGAGGAGGAGCCGGGCCCGCCCGGGCCCGGGCCCGCCGCCGACCAGCCGCCCGCCGACGGCAAGCUCGCCGAGCCCUAG